ACCUUCACAGUUCGCAUUUUUACUCAGAAUCUGGUAGGGACCGCCAGAGCGCGGCCACUUUUCACCACGUCUUCUGUUUCACCCGAACUUUAUUACGGACACGCACAAGAAAGCACGUCGUGCUGAAGAGUUAGCUGAUGCUGUAGCUGAAACUUAGCACAGAUGUCUGGAAACCGUACCGACUCAGAAGGAGAAACUGGGGUUGUGCUGGGCUUUUUAGAGGAGGCAGAGCCUUGGCAGCUCGCUAGCGCUCAGUUUCCCAGUAAAGUCGGCGGGAGGCCCGCGUGGCUGAGCCAGCUGAAUUUACCAACCGUCGCCGAGCUCGUGUGUGAGAAAUGCCAGCUUCCGACAGUGUUUCUCUUACAGGUUUAUGCUCCUAUUGUCGGACAAGAGCGGAGUUUUCAUAGGACACUGUACGUAUUCUGCUGCAAGACACCUGAGUGCUACACUGCAAACGACAACCGGUGCUUUAAAGUGUACAGAAGCCAGUUACCAAGGAAAAAUGACUUCUAUUCGUAUGACCCUCCCCCCGAUGAAGAGCCAGCUGCCAGCGCAGAUGAUGAGCAUGUACUAGGAUCAGGAGUGAAACUGUGCAGGCUAUGUGGCUGCGCCGGACACAAAGCAUGUUCACGCUGCCACACAGUCACAUACUGCAGCAAAGAGCAUCAGGCCAUAGAUUGGAAACAACGGCACAAGAAAGAAUGCAGUAGUGAAUCUUUCUCUGCUUCUGAUGCUGAAAAUUUGUUUCUGUUUCCUGAGUGGGAGUUGGUAACAGAACCUGAAGAACUCCCAGUAAAGGAUGACAAGCCAGCUGACUCAAAUUCAUUGGAGCAAGCAAAUACUGAAUCUUCAGAUUUGGAGGAGAGCGAGUUAGAGUCCAUGGCCCUCCAUGAAUCACAGGACAGUAAAAUGUUUCAGAAAUUUAAGGAGCGCAUAGCUGCAGAGCCACAUCAGGUAUUGCGAUAUUGCAGAGAAGGAUCUCCACUUUGGGUGUCAUCUGAACAUGUGCCCAGCAAAGAAGACGUUCCAAAAUGCCCAUGUGGCACCAACAGAAUCUUUGAAUUUCAGAUCAUGCCACAGUUGCUUAACCACCUAAAGGUGGACAGACCAGAUGCCAGCAUAGACUGGGGGAUGCUGGCCAUCUACACAUGUGCUGCCAGCUGUGACCAAGGCAAAAACUAUUCAGCUGAGUUCAUCUGGAAACAAGACUUCUCAGAGGAUCAGGGAGUUUAACUACUAAAUAAUAUAGUAUAUACUGGUUAUGGCAACAGUGUUGUCAUUUUUCAGAGUGCUGAAAAGCUAAAAAAUAAAUCUUUACACCACCACCACCAAAUUAAGCAUCUCAAUUAAGGGGUGCUGAAGUGUCUCACUAAAUUAAUGAACAGGUUGGUUAAUGUCAUGAGCAGAGAAAUGUUUUAUUUAAUGUGGGAUGAGCCAACUGAAAGAACAGUAUACAAGACACAGUAAACGGAUAAGAAAUUUAUUUGCUCGUUUCAAAGCAAAUCACUAACUGAUGCAAAAAAAAAAAAAUAAAAAAAUUUACAUUAUCAGUGCUUGACAAGAAGCUGAAUAUAACCCAUAUAAUGAAUAUAUAUCUAGCGACAUCAAUCAAAUCACAGUCCAGGCUCUCAGCCAUUCCAAAAAAACUUUCAUGAACAGACAAAUGUUUACAGGGAUUUGUGCAGAAGGAAAGUGCACUUGGCUAUCAGCAAAACUAUUGGUUAUCAAUAUGCACCAUGUAUUUGGAGAGCCAACACUAACAUGGAUGUGAACAGAUAUUAUAUUCAUUACAAGGGUUAGGUGGAAGACUUGCAACAUUUCAGUGAAUAAUUCACAAUGAAAUUACAAAAGUAGUUCUUAACAUACUGCACAGCUGCUUUAACAAAAUAAGCCAGGCCCACCAAAUCAGAAACUUCAACAAUUUUCAACCGAUCUGUGCAUCUUACCACACACACAGCUUCCACUGGGGGCAAAUGAACUUUAACUGCUUGAGACACAUUAUUAACUCUGUAAUAUUUAACACUUUAAAUCCUGAUAAAUAUUUUCAACACUUUUCUUGUAUCUUGACAGUCCUGCACUUCUCAGAAAUUAUCCUAAAAAGAACCUGCCUGCUCGCAGAAGGAAUGUGAAUAAUGUUUAAAAAAAACAAAACAAAACAAAA